AAUAAAUGGUGUCAGGUGUGAAUGCGCGCUUCUUUCACAUCUCACAUAGAACGCGUAAAAAUCACGCUUUGUCAUGAGCAAAGUUAAAAAAAACGUUCAUGUUUCCAAGUAAUUGCAUUGUUUUCGUGUGUUUAAUGUAGUGAUGAAUGUUAAACAAAUGAAAUUAUUAAUGUGCAACGAAUAGUUGAGUGUCAAAAAAAGAAAUCGAGUUAUAUGUAUAUAUGUAUUACACAUAUAUAUAGUAGUUCGGUUAGAAGUGAACGAUUGUGUGUGAGUCGUUUUUUUUUUCGGCUGCAUAUAUUCAGAACGUGGUCUUUCGCGGCACGCACACAAAGUUGAGAAACGAUUUCACAAAACGGUUUUGUUACUUUGUUGUGCGAUUCUUGUGGGUGAGAGAGGAAAAAAAAACAUCAUUUGCGGCAGCUGCGGCAAAAAAGGGACUUGAAAAAUGCCGCUGCUUCGCAACGAACCCUUUAAAAAGCUCCACGUCUCAACGGAUUACAAGGCCGAUGAUGAGGUCUAUCAUUGUGAGGCGACCAACGAAAUCUUUAAGGACUAUAAUGAAUUUUGCGCGAGGAUCAUUCUUUGCAAUUCACUCGUGUGGUCGUGCAGCACUACGGGAAAAUCUGGUUUGACCUAUGCAGAAGCUUUGGAAAGCGAAGAAAAUGCAGAACGAAGCUUCAAAGAGUUCCCAAUGGAGCUACGAAUUCCAAUUUUAUAUCUGGCAAAUAGAUCACAUAGAACGUCUUUCAAUGAGAUGCUCGAAGAUAUUUAUCAAUAUGCAAGAGAUCGAUAUUUUGUUGGCGAAAUGGUUGAAGCCAGUUUUACUGAUGAUUCAUGGUGCGAAUGCCAUGUUCUUCAAGUGAUUGCACCAACUGAACAACAAAUUAAACAGUAUUUUGUGGAAAAUGGAUGCAAUCCACAAGAGAGAAGUCCAAAUCCACCAGCGAAAUUAUUUCGCUACGAAGUAGAACAAUUGGACUGUGGUGAUUCAGAUGAAACACAAACAAUGACUGUCGAGGCUUCCCAAGUGAGAAGAAAGAAACAGCAAUACGGAAGGGAAAGGAACAAGAUUUUUCUUAAACAUCUUUGUGAACAAAGUACAAAUGGCGUUUGGGUCGUUAAGGAAAGUAUCCUGCAAAAAUAUGGCGUCGCUAAAGUACGAUUCGAUACAAUAUUCGAUGGUUCCUUGCCCGAUUUCACUCCACGACCGAGAAGAAUCGUUAAACAAACUUCUAUGGAUAAAUUUGUCACUGCGGACGUUUCCAAACAUCGAAAAUUCGAUAAGCCGAAUCCAUUGAAAAAAGUUAACAGCGGUUUUGUUGAGAAAAAACAAAGAAAACCAAGAGUUAAUGGAAAAUUCAAGGAGGAUUUAAAAGCCCGCGCCCUAGAGGAGAAGGAGAAAAAAGAACAGGAACGUCGCGAGCGAAAGGAGCGUAAAAAAGAGGAAAAACAAAAACAAGUGGCAUUUACAGCCUAUGUGAAAAAAUGGAAUACACUAAAGGACGAUUUAGAAUGUGAGGAUUUGGCACCACUUCCAUUGGCAGUGCCAAUAAAAUGUGGAAUUCCAAAUGAAAAAUUUGGCGAUUUUGCAAUGAUAUUGGAAUUUUUACAAUUUUUCUACGAGGAACUCGAAGUUAAUACAUAUUUUCAAGGUGGUUUAAAUCUUGAAAUACUCGAGAAGGCAAUGAUGAUUAAAGACACUGCCGGUGGUUUCAGUGAUUUAUUACAACUUCUUCUUGCAAAUAUUUUUAAAUUUCAAGCCGAAGAAGAAAGUGAAAUACACGCUGAUGCAGCUGAUUUAAGUGACGAUAUUAACAUUGAACAUGGUGUACCAUCAAUGGCUGAAGCAACAAAACUUGCAACAAUGGCAUCAACAUGGUGUCAAAAUCAUCAGGGAUGUUCACUCUCGGAACUCACACUCGAUCAUGUGACAUUAAGUGAAAUUCUUCGAUUACAUCUUUUAAGUUCCGGUGGUCGAAUUGGUGAAGUCGCGUCAAAAUGGAGGUUCUCACAACGAGGUGGUUACACGAAUCACGAUGAUCCGGCACUUCUCUUGAGAAUGAAUGAGGCGCGAAUUUUACGAAUAUUGAGUCACAGAAAUGUUUGUGAAUUUGAACUUGACGAUAGACUAAAAGUAAUUACAUGCCUUAUAAAUCAAUUGUUGACAUUCGCUUCGAUACGCGAUGUAAUUGAGGAGAGAUAUGAAAAAUUAAUUCAAGCAAAGAGAGAAUUAAAAUCAUUUUUAAUUGCCGAACAAAAGAAGGAAAAAGAGGAACGCGAAAAAAUGAAGGAACGCGAGAAAGAGGGCAAAGUUGAAGAGGUUUUAGAGGGAAAACCAAAAAAAGUAACGCGUGGCAAUUGUGAGGAGGAAAAGAAACGCGAGGAAUAUGACAACAAACUCAAGGAACUUCAACAAGCCUCAAGGGAUGAUCAAAUGAUGGUAUUACUUGGAUCGGAUCGUGCUCAUCGAAGAUAUUGGAGAUUUCUCUCUAUUCCUGGAAUAUUUGUGGAAAAUGACGAAUGGUGGCCAGGAACAUGCAUUCCAGGUGGAACAUUUCUCAUUCCUGAAUUACAAACUCGUGAAGGAACAUAUAAUUAUUUACAUAAUAAAUUUGACGACGAAUGCGGUGAUAAGGAGAAUAGUUUUAAAAAAUCGAAAAAAUCGCCGAAAAAAGUUGGUUUUGUUGAGAAAAAUGGAUUAAAAUCACCGCGUAAAGAUGCAAGUCCAAAGAAAGAAAUAAAACUUGAAAUAAAUGAUUUGAGAAAAUCAUUGAUGGCAUGUACUGGCGAUAAAGAAUGUCCUGUUCAUUGUAAACGACAGGAGGCAAAAUGGAAUUUUUACGGAACCCGUGACGAUAUUGAAGCAGUGAUUAAUGGUCUUUGUAAACGCGGUUAUCGCGAGGCUGAAUUACGCAAUAAUCUUAUUAUGGAAACAUCAAAUAUUGCCGAAAUUAUCGAGGACUGUCCAAGAAAUAAACUCAAUCCAGAAGUUUUUACAGAGCCAAUAAAGGAGUCGUCGAAUAAAAAUGUGAAAAAACCAAAAUUGGAAAGUACAAAUUUAAAUUUCCCAAUGGACAUGGACGUGGAUAAUGUAAUUGAAUUAACAUUGAGAGAUUAUGUUCUUGAUUUAGAGGAUAAAGUGAAAAUUGGCUGUUUGGGUUUCUUGAAAGUAAUUGAUCGCGAUUCGUGGAGAAAAUCGAUACAAGAGGGUAAUUAUGAUAAACAAUGUGAUCGACUUGUUUAUGGUUCAACUGAAAUUGAAGUUGAUGUAGCGGCUGUUCAUUCGACAUUAGAUAAAAUUAAACACGAAUCACGAAAUAGUAGGCCAAAUACACCGGAUUCAGAAGUUGGUAGUGUCGGUACAAAAACGUAUCGCGAUCCUGGAAAAUAUUUAGGAUCACCUGGUGAAGAUGAAAUGCAUCCUGAUGCAAAACAACAAAUGGCUAUUCGACAAAUGGCGUGCGCCAUUUUACAAGUGUAUCACGCCAUUGAACCAAAGUACCUGAAAAAACCUCUGGGAGUCGAUGAAAAGGAUAAAAAAUGGUCAAGUGAAGAGGCGAGAGAUCGUUGGGAACAUUCGUUGAUGUCGUCGACAAGUUGGUCUCAACUAUUUGUUCAUUUGAGCACAUUGGACAAUAGUAUCGCUUGGGGUAAAAGUGCAUUGAACGCUCAAUGUCGAAUUUGCAGAAGACGCAGGGACGCCGAAAAUAUGUUACUCUGCGAUGGAUGCAACAAGGGACACCAUCUUUACUGCUUGAAACCUAAAUUAAAUAGUAUACCUGAAGGUGAUUGGUUCUGUACAACGUGUAAACCGCGAGAAGUUAAACCAAAGGAAAAAGCUAAGAAGAGGCGAAAGUUUGAGGAUGAGCCUGAGGAGGACACAGUAUUAACCAAAGAAACACGACAGAAUCGUGCCAAGAGGGUGCCAGGAAGUGAGGAUGAAGUCGGUGAUGAAGAGUUAAAUAACGAUGAAACUAUGGAGGAAGACAGUGACGAAGAAUCUGAUAAAUCCGAAGUUUGUCAAGGAUGUUCACUUGGUGGAAAAUUAAUAACCUGUGAAACGUGUCAAAUGAGUAGGCAUUGGAAAUGUUUCGAUCCACCUCUACCAAGAUGUCCACGGGGGAAAUUUUGGUGUAAAACUUGUAAAACAAAGAAAUACAAUACAAGUUUGAAGCUCGUGAGGGGGCGAGAGAGGGAUAAAGAGACGGAGAGGUCGUCUGCAGCAGCAGCUCGCUCUCGAAUCCACGGAUUCGCCAAGAGCCUCCUCACUACUGAUUCAGCAAAUUGGGACGGCUACGUUAGCAACACGGAAGAGACGGAGCCACGACAAACGAGGCGAUCAUCGAAACGCUCUGCGGAGGAACCAGUGGAAAAUGAGAAGAAUUCAUUGAAAAAUAUGAAGGCAACACUUCAAGAAUUACUCGCUGACGUAACACAUCAUCGUGAUUCAUGGCCAUUUAUGAGUCCAGUUACAAAGGACGAGGUGCCCGACUAUCAGGAUUUUAUUAAAAAUCCAAUGGAUUUUGGAACAAUCAAAUAUAAACUUGGCAAUGGAGAUUAUAAUGAAAUCGAUGAUUUCUUUGCCGAUUGUUUACUGGUCUUUGACAACUGUAAUGUUUAUAAUGAGGAGCACAGUCCUGUUUACAAUUCGGUUUUCAGGGCUGGUGUAAAAUUACUGAAAUUCUUUGAGAAACGAUGCAAGGAUCUUGGUUUAAAUUACGAUGAGAAUAAUGUUCGUAAAGCAAAAAAGCCACGACGCGAGGAAGAAUUCAACAAUAGCGAAACCAAUGGCAAUAAUGAUGACGAAGAUGUCGAUGAUGAGGAAGAGGAGGAAGAGGAGGAAGAGGAGGAGGAAGAAGAAGAAGAACAAGAAGAAGAAGAUGUCAAUGACGAUGAUAAUGAUAAUGCAGCGGCGAGCGAUGAAGACUCAGAACAAAGCUAGAAAUAGACUCGAAAAACAAAAUUGCAUCUAGUACUUACACGCUUGAUCGAUAAAUAUUGUAUAUUCUCUCAAAUCAAAAAGAACCUAAUUCUUUUAUUUUAAAAACUUCUACUUUUUAUUUUACAAUUAUUAAAGAAAAAAAAAUUAAUUAUAUUCAUUUUUCGAAAAUUUUCAAAACAGUUUUCUUUUUUCAUUUUAAUUGUUUUGGAAAUUUUAGUUUUUUUUUUACUUAUUGUAAUUAUUUUCAUUGUUUUUUCCCUAAAUAUUUAUUUUUUGCCCCCCUCUUUUGAAUUUCACAAUCAAAAAAUAAAAUGUCAAAAAAUAUAAAUUAAAAACUAGAUCAAGCGAGUAGAGAAUUAGAUUGGCUACAAAAUAUUUAGGAAUAAAGUUUAUUUAGUUGAUUUUUAUUGGGACACGAAUGCAGUAUUAAAAAAAGAAAAAAAGGAAUGAAAAAAAAGCGCAGAACUUUUGUUCUUGUAGAAAAAAAAACAUUGCAUUCAAGGCGAAAUUGUCAACAUUAAUACUCCAGUAAAAAUAAAAGUAAAAAAGAGAGAGAGCAAAUUUAUUGUUCUUUGUUAUUUUUUCAUUGAAAUUAUCGGAGUCGAUCAAUUUUCCCUUGUAAUGUGUCCCGUUAUUAUUUUUUAUUAUUAAUAUUAUUAUAAUUAAUAUUAUUUUUAUUAUUAUUAUUAUUGCACAUUAAGUAAUAAUUUAGAUUAUUGUUCCAGAUAUAUCUUACAUUGCUUAUAUUAUUGUCUAUUUAUUAAAUUUUUCGUUUUUUUUUUUUUUUUUUUUUUUUUUUAAUCAAUAUUUGUCAGCUGAUUGUUUAAAAUUUGUAUGUUUUUUUUUUUUAAUUGAGACGAUUUUGUCUUAACGUGAAGAAUUCACCUAUUUUGAUGGAAAGAUAAAAAAAAAAAAAGAAGUGAGAUAAUUUUUUUUUCUUUUGCAAAUGUUUCUUUAGAAAUAUAUAUAAAUAUAUAUGAAAUAUAAAUAAUAAUAAAGAGAAUCAGUUUUUAUUGUCUUAAGAAUUUUAAAAGAACAGCCUUUUGUUUAGUAAUAUUUUUUUUAAAAAGAAAUAAAUAAUUAAAAAAAAAUAAUGAAAAGAAGAAGAAGAAAAAGAAAAACGAAAUACAGGCUGGACCUAAGCAGUUGAAAAUAAACACAAGACAUUUAUUCAUUCACAUGUACAGCGCAAUCGAGCCGAUCAUUUGUAACGAUGUAUGUUUUAUACUUGAUUAAUUUGGUAAUAAAGAGUAUUAAAAAUCAA